UCAAUCAUCGUGUGGUUUUUUUUGGGAUAGGUCAGCAAGAAGGGGCAAGUGUUGUUAAUGUGGCGGACAGCAAUGAGGCGACAAGCUGUAGUUUCCGUACUGUUGCUGUGUUGUUGCACUGUUCACGCUCAGUAUGAGAAGUACAGUUUUCGGAGUUUUCCCCGGGACGAGUUGAUGCCGCUGGAUUCGGCGUAUCGACAUGCGCUGGACCAAUAUUCGGCGGAGAACUGGCAGGAGAGUGUGGAUUACCUGGAGAUGAGCCUCCGCCUACACCGUCUGCUCCACGACAGUGAGGCUUUCUGUAACCUCAACUGUAGCUUAGUAUUACCAGACCAAACUGCUCGUUUCAGUGGCUUUCCUGAGCUCCAGCUCUUCAGCAGCAUCAUGAAAAGAGCGCAGUGUCUCCGCAGGUGUAAACAGGGUUUGCCUGCUUUCCGCCAAUCUCAGCCCAGCAGAGAAACUCUGGAGGACUUCGAGAAGCGGGAGGUCUACAAAUAUCUGCAAUUUGCUUACUUUAAGGUUCAGAAUGUAGCUAAAGCCAUAUCGGCAGCUCAUACCUUCCUUCAGAAGCACCCUGAUGAUGCAAUGAUGAAGCAGAACAUGGAUUACUACAAGUCUUUGCCAAACUCUGAUGACUUCUUGAAUGACCUGGAGAUGAAAAAUUAUGAGAAUCUAUUCAUCCAAGCGGUGAAAGCUUACAAUGGUGAAAACUACCUGACAUCUAUUACAAACAUGGAACUGGCCAUCCCAGAAUACCUUAAGGCUUAUGAUGAGUGUAUUGCUGCCUGCGAGGGUUCAAGAGAGGUGAAGGAGUUUAAAGAUUUCUAUCCCUCAAUAGCAGAACAUUACGCUGAAGUUUUGCAGUGUAAAGUGAAGUGUGAGCAUGAACUAACUCCUGUCAUUGGAGGGUUUUUUGUGGAAAAAUUUGUUGCUACUAUGUACCACUAUUUGCAGUUCACUUAUUAUAAACUCAAUGAUAUGAAGAAUGCAGCUCCAUGUGUAGCAACCUAUUUGCUGUUUGAUCCUGAAGAUUCAGUGAUGAAGCAAAACUUAGUGUAUUACCAAUACCAUAAACUGAAAUGGGACCUGACAGAGGAGGAUUUCUUGCCCAGACCAGAGGCUUUGCGAUACUACAACCAGACCAAUUUUCAAUUGCAAAUGUAUGAAUUUGCCAAACAACAUCUACAAGCUGAUGAUGAGAAAGCUGUUGGGGCCAGUUCGUUAGAUGUAUUCAAGAGGGAGUUGGAUAUGGCCCUUGCAGGGUGAAGUAUUGGAGUAUAUUGACGAUCUUCUGGAAAAAGCAGACAGUUAAUAUCGGUGACAGAGGGGAGUCUGCAGUAAAGACUAUGGUGGUUAAAUAAACAAAAUUAAUCCUUGUCUCCAGCUGCCUCAACUCAGGACAAUUUCCUCAAAUGCUGAACUCUUCCCAUAGGUGCUUAAAGUCUUAGAUUUUUACUUCUCUUUGUUAGUUCUUCUAUGUGACUGAGUGGCAGACCUAACAUUUUUUUGGAGAUGUGCCUUUUAUUACUUAAUAGGAAUCUUUUAGCUUUGAGCCAUUGCCUAAUUAUCUAUUUAGCUUCCAUUGUGUUCAUCCAAAUUAGCUCAGAAAUAGUUUCUAAAGCCAAAAGCCAUCACAGCUUCUUCAAAGUUCUUCCAGGCUGCUACCUUGAACAUUUAGACUUUUUUUUUCUGUGGUUGUACUGAGAGAGUGUAGAGUCUUUCUUUAAAAGAAUGUUUAUUUGGUUUCUUAUAAAACCUAAAAUGACGUUGAAAGACACUUGGCACACAUACUGUAUGUAGUUGGUUUAACUAACACACUUUCCAUUUCUGAACAAACUUGGUUGGUUUCACUGCUAAAUGUUGUCCUGAAUCAGGCCCAAGAUCAUGUUGAGCUUGUCUGUAGGAGAGCUGAAUUUUUUAAAUAUGAUAUAUAUUUGUAAAAUCUACUUGAUGGGCUCACACCCAAUAGAGGCAUCAGUCAGUGAUUGCUGUUCGUACAUAUUAUCCUUCACAUCUAUCGGGACUAAAUUUAGAAUUACCAGUAAGAAUGGAAACCAUGUAGGUGUAAUUUGAGCUAAUUUGCAGAAACCCAUGUAAUAAUAUUGGGAAAAUCCCAUAUUUAGAAAAAAUGAUGUUAUAUGAUUUUAGAUUCUUAAAUGACACAAGGAAGUUUUUUUGCUAGUUUUGGAGAAGUGUGUCAGUAUAAUUUUUAUUUAAAAUUGUGACGAAGAAGUAUACAGAUUGUAAAGUUCACAAAUGUUUACUGAUUAUUGUUCUACAUCAAGGACUUAAACCAAACUUGUUUCAUACUUUGCCUCAGGAUUCCACUAACUGUACUGCCUUAAUGCCAGGGAAAACAUUGACUCAUUUAUUAAUGUUUGAACAUAGACCCUUGAUGCUGUUUGUAGAGAGUCAAUGUGAAAAACCCACAAGUAAUCCUUCAGUGCAGCUGCCCUGUGCCUGGACACUUGGUUGUGAGCCAUGCCUGAAACAGCAACCCCUUUUACACAGUCACUAGUGGAUUGAAUAACAUAGUGUAAACUCACCAAAUGAUUAGAGAUUCUCACAAAACAACUGCUGCCUUGAUAAUUUGGAUAAUCUGCAAUCUUUCUGGCCCCAAAAUGUUCUUUUCAGGAGAAACUAAAUCAGAUACCAUUUGAAAUUGCAUGGAAGUGUAUAUUACUGCAAAUCACAUAAUACUAACCCUUGUUUGAUCACUUUCACCAACCACAACCAAAAAAAAACCUCAAAGCUUGCCCUUAAAUUCUUUCCAUGUUUACUCCAGGUCACAAACUAUCUUUUUUAAUGUAUAAUCCAAACUGCUUGAAAAAUAGAAAAGAAACAGCACCAAAUAUAUUUAAAUGUGAUUUAUUUUUGAUGAUUUAAAGCAAACUGACAAAUAGUACGAAAUAGACAACCAAUUGCUAAUUACUCCCUACACUUACACCAUUCCUCCAUCCCUGCCUCCAACUCCUUCCUGCCCCAUGAUAUGAUCACCACACUUUUUGUAUCUCAAUACAUCAUGUCUGGCCUGUGAACAGCAACACUCUUGUGGUAAAUCCUUUUUUUAAACAUGAAUCAUAUUAAUAUAACAGUAUUAAUCUUUCUUUAUACACUACAGCCAUUAUGUUUUUUUUUCAAAGAAGGAUCAAAUCUGUACAACUGACUGGGUGCAAUAAACUAAAGUGUUUUAACCUU